UUUUUUUUUUUUUUUUUUUUUUAGUGCGGCUGGAGAUAAUGGAAUAAAAAGGGAGACCUAUUCAACUUUAUUCACCACAAACUAUUACUUUUAUAGUCUAAAAGCGCUAAAAUUGAUUUAAAUCAUGUAAAUUUUAUCAUAUGGGUGACUAUUUAACGUCACAGUUUGUUAGUGUUUAGUCAUCAUUGCGUUUGCUACUGAAAUUCCAGAGUGGUAUGUUACUAUAUUUAUCAUCGGCAAUUAUAAUUGUGCAAUCGCGAGAAAAAUGUAGAUUGUAUGAUCCCUGUUUUACGUGAAGCUUAGUCUAACAUACAUAUCAUAUUUAGUUUAUUUGAAAACCUACCGUCCGGAAUCAAUAUAUGUAUAGUGACUACAGUAGAGAGAAUGUAACUUACCCUAAUUUUUUUUAAAAAUAAAUUCUAUCAUUUUGAUUUUGAUAAACCAUAGACAUGCGCUAUACAAAACUGGUCUUUGACCGAAUUGAACAUUUGUAUCAAACUUUGUUUUAUAAAUAAAUGGAUGAGACGGUUCAACGGGCCAGUCACUGUAAAACCGCAUUCGUGUUAAUGCAUAUAAUUAAUAUCAAUACGUUUUAUUAUUUCAACACGAUGAAUAUGCAGAUUGAUAUUUAAAGCGUGAUAAUAUUUCCUGCCUGACAAUGAUUAAUAAACGAUUUGUUCCAGAACAGGAAUUCAUUUGUAAGGUGAAAGAGGGAUGUGCUCCAUUUCUAAAACAUAUUGCUUUGAUAAAAGAAAAUCGGUGUAGAGCAUUCAGGCGAUAUUCUUAGUAUGGAUUAAUGGUGAUAAAAAUGAGGAGGCUGUGGUUUUUAUGUGGAUAUGUUGUUUGUAUGCUUUCACCUGUAUCGUUUGCGGAUGCACAACAAUCCAUGACGUCACAACCACACGCUGCAUUGCUAAUGAUUCGCCAGCAUCUGAACCGCGAGUCAGCGAUGAAAUUAACUCUCUUACGUUCAUUAAAAGUGGUAUUUUCUGACAUCAAAACAUUGAAAGCGGAGCGGAAGCACCAGGAGCGAUUGAUUGAUGCUCUCCGAAAGGAAGUGAUUUCUCUAAAAUCCAGUAUUCGCAGUUUGAGGGAUGUGAAUAAUGAACAGAAUCAUCGAAUCCAUUCUUUUCAAGAGAACCUGUCUGCACAGAAUGCAACAACAACGGAGCUAAUCAAAUUAUCCCAUGAUGCAACAGUUAGUAUUGACUCUUUUUCAGGGGACAUGUUAAACCAAAAACAAACGAUACAGAAUCUAAAAGAUUCCAUUGCAACUUAUAAAAGAGACUUUAACUCUAUUUCCGAUACAACGUCCCAUUUAGACAAAAAUGUGAAGUUAUUAGUGGACGAGAACAUUGAACAAGACAGAAAAAUAAACGCCUUUUAUGAAGCAAACGACCAACAGAACCGUAAAAUCCAGGAACUGAAUGAGAAGCGUGUGUCACAAGAGAGGAAGUUAAAAAUCACAAUAACUGACAAAAACAAAAUAAAAAGAGAUGUUAAGAAACUAAGUGCUGAAAAUAUGGAAAGGAAGGCGGAAGUCGAGUCGCUAGUGGAACAAGCAUAUGAAACACAAAAGGAGCUGAAAUUGUUAUCUCAGAAUAAUCUGAGUCAGAAAAGGGAAUCACAGACUUUAGAAAAUGAAAAUAGUGUACUAACUCGAAAAAUAAAUACAAUAGAGGACAAGAAUGAAGAACAGGAUGAGGAAAUUGAAAAGCUACAGCACGAUAACACAGUUCAGACCGGUGACAUUGGGAUUUUAACAGCAGAAUUCAUGGAACAAAGUAAAUGGAUUAAGGUGUUACGAGACAAGGAUGAUCUCAUCAAUCAAGACGAUGUAAGUAAUGAUCAGCCGAACGGAUCCUCACACCAGCCUGUGCAAGUGAAUAAAAACCAGAAGAAAUGGGAUCAUAUUUACCAAAGCGAAACCACGGAUGACUCACCUGUGGCCUCACAAUUACAGCAAGACGUGGAGUUCUUACACCGAAACGUUAGCAGCGUUAAUGAGAAAAUAUUAACACUCGAGAACAAUCAACGGUUUAUUCACUCCCAUAUACACGAAUGGCGAGUAGGAGAAACCCCAAAAGGAAAUAUGUGAUAAAAAUUCAUUCAGGUCGAAACAUUGGUUGCUUUAACAAGGCAUGCUGUGCAAAAAUAUCUUUAGAAUUAUAAUGAUAUGCGACCAAUGACGGUUUGACUUUAACAGAUGUAGAACUUUCCUUGUCAAUUUUUGAUGAACCUGAUAUUUAAUUUGCAAUAUAGCUAUCACGAAGAAAAUAACUUUUGAUUUUGACCGAUAUAGCUAUAUGUACACAUCGAUAUAUACAGUAAACUUACAAAAAAAUUAUGUCAUCACUACUCGCAAACUUAUAAAUAUUAUAACAUACGAGGUAUAUUUAUAUUACUAUAUCCAAUGUUUACUAUUGUAUAACUGUUUUGUAUCUAUUGACCAUAUUUAUUUAUUUAUUACUGUGAUAAUUUAUGGAAUAAUUUAUUCAUUCCGUGCAUUUUGCACUUUGAUUUAUGAUCACUAAAUUAUGGAAACGAAACCAUGAAGUUGCAUCCGUUUUUUUUUCAUUGUGUUAAUUUUGAAAAGUAACAGGGGGAAAUACUACUGCAGAUGAAGGAGGUAUAAUAUCGAUCUUUAAAUAAAUGCUAUUUUCAACGCAAAUUUGUAGAAAGAUUAACCUUUUCCAAGUGCUUGAAUAGCGGUAAAAUAUAUUCGUCAUAGAUAAAAGUAGUUUCAAUUGCUGAAGAAUCCGAAAUUUUGUGGGUUGAUUUUUUCCUGUACAUUCAUCUAUGAGAUAAAUUUGUGCGUAAUUCUACAUCAAGGUAGACUAAGAUAAAGGUGAAGAUAAGGAACAGUGAUUUAACUCAUGGGUCGGCAGAUUGUGAGUUACGGUACCUAUACUGGAUUCCUAAACUUCAUAAAAUCCUUGACAAAGAUACAAUGCUGGAUCCAGUAAAUGUUCUACCAAGCCCCUAUCUUUACUCCCCACGAACAUAUUAACAGUUGUGAUAGAGAAACUUCAUACGUACUGUGCGACUACAUAUGCCAGAAGUGGUUUAAAUUAAAUGUGGAUUCUAAAAAUUUAGCUAAUUUGAAAUCGCAAUUUCUUUUCUCAAAUCGCCAACAUCAAAACGUAUGACUUUUCAACACUAUACACGACCUUUCCUCACGAUAAAUUAAAGACUAGACAUUCUGACAUCAUAGACAAUUGUUUCUUCAACAAAAAUGGAAAACGAAAGAAUUCAUAUCUAGUGAUCAGUCAUCUAAAAAAUUACUUUGUUAAACACCACUCUGAUUCCACGCACAACUACUUUGUAGCUGAAAUAAAAAAUAGGCAGAAGUUCCUCAUUAACAAUAUCUUUGCUCCUUGAUUAGCUGAUCUGUUUUAUAUUCUUACAAAACAGAAUUGAAUGAUGACGGAAGUGAAGUAAAUGAAAUUCACAUGACUGGUAAAUGAUUAGAAACUGAUAAUUUGCAGUUGAGACUUCGUACAAGCGUUACUUACCUCUGUAAAAAUAGGAGAAAUCUAAUUUUCUAAAAUGUAUGUGCAGUAAAUGAUUAAUUUUGUUUAAUAUUUCCAUGAAGUAAAAGCGCAUGUAACUCUUUUACCAAGAUAUUUGUAUGAAAAUAUUUCUUAAAAAAAUAUUUUGAUACAACAUGCUCUUCCAUACACGUCAUUGUAAAAUUCUAAUCGAAAUAAAUCAAGCAGUAAACAAUAUAUUGAAAAUCCUAUGACAAGUUAUUUUUAUCUGACGAAGCCUUCAAAAUGAUAUCAUGAUUACAAAAAUCAUACCAUCCAUAUACUAGAUAUAAAAUUAUGGUUGUUAAACAUUGAAUAUCUUAACACCACGGUUACCUUAAUAACAUUUAACACCGCGGUCUUCUUAAGCUUUUAAACGGCGAAUCUGACCAAUGAACUGCCCCUAGCUUGUUGUAUUUAAUCAGGUAAUUACAUACUAGUCUUACCAAAAGAAUAGAAGCAGCGCGCUAGCAGAAGGUUGAUCUUAUCGCUGGUGUGUCCCGGGAUCCCUGUUUACCCCGAUCUUGAUUUUGUAUUCUUGCUAGGAUUGAUGAAUUUGAUAACUGUAGCCGAUCUUCAUAUAUUUCAAAGCAUAAAAUUUGUUCCUUUAAAUAUCAAAUAAAAACACAAUAUUUUAUAAUAAGUUUUCAUUGUAUACGUCCAUUUCCAUUCAGAGCUGAGUUUGACAAAUUUUACAAAUAAGCUUUUAAGAUGGCACAGAAAGUAUAAUAUUUACUAGUUUUGAAUUACCAGUCAUAGUUUAGUGUCACGCCAAAAGCAGUAUAGUGACUUAUAUUCAACUAUUCUUUGAGAUUUAAAUACCUAUAAUGUAAAUGUUCUCACCAAAGUAAAACAUGGUAUCUUUGUUUUCACUAAGUUAAAUCAAAGAAUCACGAUUUAUUCACUAGUGAACCACCAUUAAUUUGAAAGUUGCUUUCAGUUAAAUAUAGGAAAAUAGAUUUGUGAAGCGUCUAUUUUGCUGAGGUAUUGCCUUUAUCAAGAUAAGUUAUCAAAUACAAUACCUUUUCAUAAAUCAAAAUUUUACCCUUCAUACGAAAGCUGAAAAUAACAUAUAAAACAUAGUGCCGGCGAAUUCUCCAAUAGUAAAGGCCACCAAAGUAUGCCUUGUGCUUUAUCAUGACAUUCCCCAUCAGGGAAAUUAUAAUUCAAUUUCAAAAGUGUUAUAUUUAUAUCUCAUACUGUGGCGGCGAUCCAUUCAUUUCAGGAAUUAUUUUGAAAGGGGGCGGGUGAUAAAAUCUAUUUACGAAUAAAGCGGGGCUGAGGUUUACAGUUGAUUGCAUGCAUCCAUGGUUUCAGUGUUAAUUUCCUCAUUUCAAUGCUUGACACGUAUCACAUUGUCCAUCCAUACAUUGAGCAAAAUCCGACAUUAUUUCAAAACUGCCUGAAAACAAUUUUUCAAAUUCUUUACACAUACAAGUAAUUCUAUUUCCAGAAUAAGGUGAAUUGAUAUUGAAAGCAUUCAGAGGGAAAAUAUAUGAAUUCCAUAAACAUGCUUCAGGAAAUUGAUUGACUUAAAAUAUGUUUAACCUCUUCUUUUUAAGAUUUGUGUUAAUGUAUCAAUCAUCUGGUUGUAUAAGACAUGACAGCAUGUUUCACUCUGAUGUUGAUGUAGUUUGUUUUAUAAGACAUGACAGCAUGUUUCACUCUGAUGUUGAUGUAGUUUGUUUUAUAAGACAUGACAGCAUGUUUCACUCUGAUGUUGAUGUAGUUUGUUUUAUAAGACAUGACAGCAUGUUUCACUCUGAUGUUGAUGUAGUUUGUUUUAUAAGACAUGACAGCAUGUUUCACUCUGAUGUUGAUGUAGUUUGUUUUAUAAGACAUGACAGCAUGUUUCACUCUGAUGUUGAUGUAGUUUGUUUUAUAAGACAUGACAGCAUGUUUCACUCUGAUGUUGAUGUAGUUUGUUUUAUAAGACAUGACAGCAUGUUUCACUCUGAUGUUGAUGUAGUUUGUUUUAUAAGACAUGACAGCAUGUUUCACUCUGAUGUUGAUGUAGUUUGUUUUAUAAGACAUGACAGCAUGUUUCACUCUGAUGUUGAUGUAGUUUGUUUUAUAAGACAUGACAGCAUGUUUCACUCUGAUGUUGAUGUAGUUUGUUUUAUAAGACAUGACAGCAUGUUUCACUCUGAUGUUGAUGUAGUUUGUUUUAUAAGACAUGACAGCAUGUUUCACUCUGAUGUUGAUGUAGUUUGUUUUAUAAGACAUGACAGCAUGUUUCACUCUGAUGUUGAUGUAGUUUGUUUUAUAAGACAUGACAGCAUGUUUCACUCUGAUGUUGAUGUAGUUUGUUUUAUAAGACAUGACAGCAUGUUUCACUCUGAUGUUGAUGUAGUUUAUAAGACAUGACAGCAUGCUUCACUCUGAUGUUGAUGUAGUUUGUAUACCUAUAGAGAAAGCCUAUUGUUCUACGAUACUUAUCUGUUUCCAGAUUGUGUAAACCCCGAACAUAUUCUUAAUAAUAAUGUAAUAUUUUGUAAAUAAAUCUGUCAUUGGACA